AUGCGCCGCGCCAGAAGGCCGCAGGGGCCGGUGCUCGCUAUUGCACCGCUCGUUACCGCGUCAGUUCUCCUGCUUCUGAUCGGGGCGUCUGUCUCUUUCGCGUCCGUGCAUCGCGCGAGUGAAGGAUCGAGCGACGGAGGUGCUCCAACUGUUCGUCGUAGAUCCAUGGCCGCUGCUACUCUGGGAUCACCGUGCCGCUUUGGCGGAAACAUCAUGCCUAUUGACUGCAGCCCGGGCCUCAAAUGCCAGCCUGGCAGCUCCACUGCUGUCGCCUCCGAACCUGCUUCCGAGCCUAAUCCGAACCAGCUCGGCAGGCCCAGAAACUCGCAGGGUCUGACCCACAACCCUGACUUCGCCACUACGGGCACGUGCGUUCCUGACGGCUCGUCCACGUCAUCCCCGUCCCCAUCCACAUCAUCUUCAGCCAACGAUACGUCACCACUCUCGCAUAAUCCAUCAACCCCCGUCCCUCCCUCCUCAGGCUCUACCUCUACGCCUCGCCUCGGCCCGAGGCCCUUAGAAAAGCCCACCACGUGUCAGUACAUGUGCGCACACGGGCAGUAUCAUGGGGAAAUGCCGUGCCCGAGAGGGUAUACCUGCGUUCUCGCUCUAGAGGGAGGCAUGCACUUAUCGCCAGAGGCUCUACAAGCUUUGGCUGAUGCCUCCGCUGAGGUUCCUGCUACCACUGACUGCAGUAACAGCAGCGACAGCACCAUUAGCAAUGCUAUAUCGCCCCUGGGCGUUGUGAGCAAUGGCAGCAAUGCUGAAUUUAUCAAGUCAGCAGGUGCUGUCAUUCCCUACGAAGGGAUCUGCGCCCCGAGCCACUGGUUCGGCCUGAACGUCUCGCUGGACCUCCUCUCAGCACCAUCGUCCACAAUGUCCACCAAGGCUGUCACGAGAGGCUCGGGGUCUUUGCCUGCUGCCGAACCUGUGGCCGGGGAGGCUGGGAGCAACUGCUCGUUCGGCGGGGAUAGUGCUGCCGUGCUGUGCAAUCAGGGGUAUUCUUGUCUGGUGGAGGCUGAGAAACGCACGGUGCAUCACCCACAGGUGAAGGCUGAUGGUGCCAUCUAG